CAAAAGUGUUUUAAACAUGGGGCAAGGGAUCAUCUUCAGACAAUCAAAGAAUACUCCUGACUUGCCAUAUGUCGGCAAAUCACCAGUAGUCAUACUGACCACAGUCUAAAAAGAAAAAAGGUCCAGAUAACCAGAAACCGUUUCAAACAGUUUACCAAACUCAUGGGAGGAAGUACGACAUAUGCUUCCUAUAUUUUCACUUCUCUAUCUGUAGCGGUUUGUUAACCCACAUUAGACAAGUAGUCUUUUCCACCGUCUAUGCUCAGUUCCUGAUUGAUGCUUCAGUUCAUUUACUUUACAACCAUUUGAGGGUAUUUUGACCGUGUGCAGACCAUAGAUUACACAGAUCACAGUGUUUUGACCGUGUGUAGACCAUAGAUUACACAGAUCACAGUGUUUUGACCGUGUGUAGACCAUAGAUUACACAGAUCACAGUGUUUUGACCGUGUGUAGACCAUAGAUUACACAGAUCACAUUUGUAGCAGGAGUGCUAUGGAAAAAUGCAGACUGUCUGCCGUUUUGCUGCUGGCACACAUUGGCCUCUCUUCAGUAGUGUUGGAAGCUCAGGUCAGUGUUGAACCACAGGUGACAGGGUACCAGGGUAAUGAUGUCACACUGCGUUGUAAGUUGCUCCAGGGCACUCUCAUUCAGGCUGAGUGGCAGUGGGAGAUGUCAGAUACUAAAAAGUUUUCCAUAGCUGUCUUUAACCCUAACUUAGGGCAAAACAUUUCUGGGUCACCUCUAAAAGGGAGGUUGGAGUUCGCUGGAGCUUCCGCCGGUGAUUCCUCUAUUACUAUAAAAGAUGUGGAGAUGACUGAUGCAGGGAAAUACAUCUGUCUCCUGACAGUCUUCCCCAGUGGCUCAUUUGAGAGAACAACCAUCCUCACUGUACUGAAUCAGAUUCCACCUCCAUCAUCUGGCGAGGUUGUGGGAAUUGUUACCGCAGCCCUCCUGGUAACAGCUGUCGUGACAGCCACAGCUUACCUCAUCAUUGCCAGGAAGAGGCACAAGGCUUUAUUCAACCCCUCUGUCAGCAUUGAUGCAAGCAGCCUGGUGGUCAAUGCAGACAGGACAGGAAGACAGGAGGACCUGGUUUAUUCUGAGAUCGUCAGAUUCAACAUUGACAAGAGGAAAGCACACGACCCAUCUGGAGAAGACCAGAAAGAUGCAGAUGUCAAGCCAGCUGAGGAUGUCACCUACUCUGCAGUGGCAGUGGGACAACAGCAUUCUUUAAGGGAAGACACAGUUUACUCUCAGGUGGUGAGAAAGGACUGGGACAUAGAUGAUGUAUGGACUGUCUAAGCACAAUAACAGUAAAGGGAUAACCAGGCGUCCUUUAUAUUCACAUACAUUUAACUGAAGUUAUCUCUUGUUGGGGAAGUGACCUCCUUAUUAGACAAAGCCAUAUAGAUCCUACAGAAGGGCUAUGUGUGUGAAUACUGAAAAAUGAUUGCCACCAACAGAAUGCUAUAUAUAUCGGGCAUACAAACACAACAUGCACUUUGGAAAGCCACAGUCAGUCAAUAAAUAAUGUAAUAAUACUCGUAGGAAAGGUUUUCGUCUUUAGCUCACAAUCUGUGGAUUUUUUAUUUUAUUUUUAUUUCACCUUUAUUUAACCAGGUAGGCUAGUUGAGAACAAGUUAUCAUUUGCAACUGCGACCUGGCCAAGAUAAAGCAUAGCAGUGUGAA